UGCUGGGUUCAAAGUUGAAGGGUUAAAUCCAAUAUGGCGGCUAACAAGCGGGUGUUGUAUGUGGGUGGUUUAGCAGAAGAGGUGGAUGAGAAGGUGCUCCAUGCUGCCUUUAUUCCCUUUGGAGACAUCAUCGACAUCCAGAUCCCGCUGGACUAUGAAACGGAGAAGCACAGAGGUUUUGCAUUCAUCGAAUUUGAGCUUGCAGAGGAUGCUGCAGCAGCUAUUGAUAACAUGAAUGAGUCUGAACUUUUUGGAAGGACUGUCCGCGUCAAUAUUGCCAAACCCAUGAGAAUCAAAGAAGGUUCUUCUCGACCAGUGUGGUCGGAUGAUGACUGGUUGAAAAAGUUUUCUGGGAAGACCGUUGAAGAAGCUGAGGCAGAGGCAGCAGCUGGAGAAACACCCCAAACUACAGCUCAGGAGGGUGAGCCUCCGGCUAAAAAGGGCAGAGUAAAUCCUCAGGUCUACAUGGACAUAAAGAUCGGCAACAAGCCAGCAGGGAGACUGCGCUUCCUGCUCCGGGCUGACAUUGUUCCCAUGACAGCAGAGAACUUCCGCUGCUUGUGCACUCACGAAAAGGGCUUCGGCUACAAGGGCAGCAGCUUCCACCGCAUCAUCCCUCAGUUUAUGUGCCAAGGAGGCGACUUCACCAACCACAACGGCACCGGCGGGAAGUCCAUCUAUGGCCGGAAGUUUGAUGAUGAAAACUUUGUCCUUAAACACACAGCUCCAGGGCAACUCUCCAUGGCGAACUCUGGGUCAAACACAAACGGCUCUCAGUUCUUCCUCACCACUGACAAAACGGACUGGUUGGAUGGCAAACAUGUGGUGUUUGGAGAGCUGGUGGAGGGGAUGGAUGUACUUAGGGCAAUGGAGGCUCAGGGAACCAAAGACGGAAAGCCGAAGCAGAAAGUGAUCAUCUCGGACUGUGGAGAGUAUGUGUGAAUAAAAAGCAUUGUGUGUGUGUGUGUGUGUGUGCGUGUG